AUGACAGCAAAUGAUGAACAGACAUCUGUACCUACAACUUCUUCCAUACGUAUCGAAUGGAUAUGGCAGUCGAAUCCAGAUCCGUCAUCAAAGUCUCAACCCGAUGAAUGGAGCUAUUACUCGGACGUGGAAAAUCUCAUUAUUGAAGAGGCGUUCUUGGCCAAGCAAACUCAUGUUAUGCUAGACGACUGUUGCAUUGAUUUCGAACAUGGCGUCCGAAUCUCUAAUUACGAUGCCAACAAACAAAAGCCCCUUAAACGAGUGGUGUGCAAAAGAGAAGAUAAGCAUUUACGAGAAGAACAUUUCAUGCCUGAUCCUAUCGCUCCAAAACGUCCCUUCGGUGGCGAGUAUGGCUGGGUUUCACCCUUCAUUUUGGAAGUGAGAAAAGACUUGAAUCUUGAAUCGACGCAACGGUUACCUUCACGAGAUGAAACAAUCAUCCCCAUGAUCGUUGAGAAAGCUGCUCUCGAAUCAGACAAACGUCAACUUUCUUACACCAAAAAUUCAACAACAACAAACCACAUAUCUGGUUACACUCUUUCUACUUAUGAUGAUGUUAUUUCUAAUUGUCGCGAUCAUAGUGGUCUUCGUAUUGAUCUUCAUUAUGAUGGGCUUGAUGGUUUUGAUCUUCUUCGUCGUCGUCUUGGUGAUGAUAGUCUUUCUUUUCUUCACAAUGAUCUCCUUGGUCAUCUUGGUCUUCCUGAUAUAACUGGUCUUGAUCGUGCUCCUGAUUAUAAUGAUGCUCUUCAUUAUGAUCGCGAUGGCAAUUAUCAUCCUUAA